UUCAUUCUAGACAUCAACCUUCCAUCCGGACUGCUGGUGCAGUACUGGGUCGACACUCCACGGGAGAGAGGUCUUCUUAUCAAUGCGGAGCAAGCCAAGUUCCAUAUGACCAUGUCAGCGGCACCUAGGAAAGGCGACUUCUCACCCGGGGCCAAGAUACCGGAGGACGGAGGCAGACGUCGAGGAGGGAUGUCGUGGACUAUGGAGAGCAUGCUGUUGAAGAUCAAUGCGUGUGUAAUCAAAGUUAAUCCAGUAGAAGGCGGCAACGACCCAUUGCCAGAUGAGACUGAUCCAAUGGGCUUCUCUCACUUGCUUACAUCUGAG